CGUCAUUACGUAAACAUUCUGUAGACGUGGCGUGAGCGGUGGAAACUGUGUAGGCUAGCAAAUAGGUAUAAAACCAGCUACAAGGUGAGACCAGAGGUGAUUCUGAGAAGUUAUGGAAAUCUCACAAGACCACCAUCGAUACUGAGGUUUGUUUAAGUGACAAAAUGUCCAGUAGGAGUCAGCGCUAUGGAUUCCAGUCUGCCACCAUGGUGCAGCCUGCCAACGGUGGCCUUGCAUAUGUUUUUGGAAACAAUGGCUCAGAGAAUGAUCUGUCAGAGGAGGAUGGAGAAAGCUACGAGCUCCGGUCACGCGGGAAAGAGAGGCUUUGGAAGAGCUCUUCCAGAGAAAAAAUUGACGACAUCAUCUACCUUACCCGAGACAUCCAGGAAGGAGACACCUUGAACAGCUUGGCUCUGCAGUACCAUUGCUCGGUGGCUGACAUCAAACGUGCCAAUAACCUUCUGACGGAGCUGGAUUUCUUUGCUCUGCGCUCUGUCAAGAUUCCUGUGAGGCGCUUCAGUGUCCUAACAGAGACUCACAGCAGUGGCCCUCUCAAACCUGGCUCCCCUGCAGGAUCUAAACAUCCUUCCCCUAUCUCGCCUGUUACAUCCCUUCCAACCGAGUCGUCUACAGACUCGUCUACUUCCUCUACUGAUAGCGUGGAAGGAUUUCUACUCGAAAAGGACAAGGACAUUGAGCAGCUGGUCAAAUCCACCGGACCGUCUCGAAGCAGCCUUAAUGAAGUCGUUUCAUCCCUAACACAACAACCGCCACUUCUCGUAGACCCAGAGUACAAACCCUCUCAGAGGAAGGAUCCCUACUAUGGAGCUGACUGGGGGAUGAGAUGGUGGACAGCUGUGGCCAUCAUGCUCGUCGUUGGUAUCAUCACUCCGGUGUUUUAUCUGCUGUACUAUGAAGUUCUUGUGAAAAGUGACGUCAGCCAUCAUGGUGGUCCCACACAAGCUCACGCUGGUAUUCAUCUUGUACAGCAAGAGGGUGGAAAAUCUAUGGACAUGCCUUUAGGAGACAAAAGUGCAGAAGCUGGAGCUGGUCAUGCGGUCAAUGGAGAUCCACAAAAUCCUGGUAAAGAUACAUCAGAUGAUAAAAAUGUAGGGCUUAAGAAUACGUAGCAGGGCCACAUACGCUGAUAGAUUUUUGUCUAACUCAGAGGCUAAAUAAAAAUAAGAGGGAUAUUCUCAUCAUCAGGUAGUUUCUACUUCAAUUCAGAAAAUAACGAGUUAUUCUGAUUAUUUAAAUGCGUCCAUGUAGGUUUUUUUAAAUGAGUGGCAUAAUAACAGUUCAGAUUACCUCUGCAGGAUCAGGAUUAGACCAUUUCAAACUGAAUAGAUUAAGUUCUCAAGGUGAUGCCUUUGCUGUCACUUUCAUUUAGAAAAUGAGAAAUCACCUUCACAGGAUUAGUGAGUGGCUGACUGAAGAAUAUUAUGUAUUUGAUCGCUUUGGAACAGCUUUUUGUCUCCUACUUGGCCUUAAAAUUAUGUAGGUGAAACCACAGUACAAUAGGAAGAAAAGGUAAACAGCCACGCACUAUCUAUAAGAUGCACUUUAUUACUGGUUUUUAGCAACUGCGACUACCUCUACAAAAGUACGUUUUUGGAGGUUUGUUUGUCUGGAAUAUUCAGGUGUGUAGCUCAAUGCCAAGGGUGAAAGAUUAGGACUUUUAGAAAGAAUUGCUGUGAUCAGUUUAGGAAGAAAUGUAUCACCAAUUCUGAAUAGUUUCAUUUUUUUAAUAGUUUAAAGCCCAUCAGGCUUGUCAAGAUCAUUCGAGUCUGUUUUAAACGCGUUCUUCAAUAAUGCAGUUUCAGAAAGGCAGGUGGGAUUUGUUCAUUCUUACCAGAUUUUUUUUUUUUUUUUUAUAUAUAUCGACCUACACUUGCAAAAGUAUUGAACUUUUUGCUUUGGACAGUUGGGACCAAAAUGGAGUUGUUUGGUAAUUUUUUUUGUUAUACAUUAACUCUGAAGCUGCCUUUUUUUUUUCCUCAAGUAUUCUGUACUGAUCUUGGAAUAAAUUCAGCAGGAAAGUUUUCAACAAUUGUUAAUCCAUUACAAAGAUUUUGAUGCUCCAGUCGAAAUUAAAAUUUGGUAAUAUUUUAAGAAUUGUUCAUUAUUGCAUAUUUUUAAUUUGUGACACCAAAUGACUGCCAAAAUUCUUCCAACACAAAACGUCACACAUGAAACAGAGGUUUUGCUAAUAAAGACAGCUAUAAAUGUUUUUAAAACCGGUUCUCUAUUUUUAGUAAAGAUCUAUUUGAUUUUUUUUUUUUUUUUGUUUUUUUUUCAAACCUGAAAGGAUCAGAGAAUGAACGGUCUUAUCUGGAAUAAAUCUCAAUGUUUUCCUUUGUGCACACAUGUGAAAUAUUAUGUUGUUCAAGUAUGAGCAAGUUUUAAACUAAUGUCAAGAUUGAGCUUCACUGAUACUACCAGUAUUAAAUUUGCAAUUAAAUCUUGUUUAAUCCCAGUGUCCUGAA